AUGCAAUCUUCGUAUCUCACUCACUUCUCUAAGCGUUUACUAACUUGCCAGGCCCUCUAAAAGGUUGGAGUUCAAUCAUCUUUCUAGUAGUAAAUCUAGAACGCUUUCGGAAACAAACUUUUCAUGAAUGGCAGUGCUCAAAGAUGGUUUGCUGUCCAAGUCAUUAAGGUUCCCAAGAUGGGAGACUCUAUUUCAGAGGGAACUAUUUAAACUUUUGUAAAGAAGCCGGGUGAAUACGUGGAAGCAGAUGAGAUUGUAGCUGUGAUUGAGACUGAUAAGGUAAAUGUUGAUAUAAGAUCACCUCAAUCUGGAUUGAUAAAGUAAUACUUCGCAAGCGAGGGUGACACUGUCGCUGUUGAUGCAAACUUCUUCGAAAUCGAUCCAGAGGCUAAGGCUUCAGCAAAGCAAGAGGCACCACAAGCAGCCCCAAAGAAGGAGGAAAAGGCUGUAGAAUAACCAAAGAAAUAAGAGGCUUAAGCAGCUCCACCAAAACAAGAGGAGCCUAAAAAAUAGGCCCCAGCAGCUACCAAUACUUCUGCUCCAAAAUCAACUCCUCCAGCUACACAACAGCAAAAGGCAUAAAAGGCCCCAACUGGUAUCACUGGAUCAAGAACUGAGACAAGAGUUCCAAUGAGCAGAAUGAGAAAUAGAAUUGCAUAAAGACUAAAGGAAGCUCAAAAUACUAACGCUAUGUUGACCACCUUUAAUGAAAUCGAUAUGAGUGGAUUUAUGAACAUCAGAAAGGAAAUCGGUGAGGCUUUUGCCAAAAAGCAUGGAGUUAAAUUAGGUUUUAUGAGCGCUUUUGUAAGAGCUUCAGCAGCUGCCUUGAAAGAACAACCAGUCGUUAAUGCAGUUAUUGAUGGAAAUGAUAUGGUAUACAGAGACUUUAUUGAUAUAAGCGUUGCCGUCUCAACUCCAACUGGAUUAGUUGUCCCAGUUCUUAGAAAUUGUUAGAACUUUGACUAUGCCGGAAUUGAAAAGGUAUGCUUUAUUUUAUUGAAACUUACAUUUUAGGAAUUGAUCAGCUUGAGUAACAAAGCCAGAGAUGGCAAGUUAGAGCUUGAAGACAUGGCUGGUGGUACUUUUACCAUUACUAAUGGAGGAGUAUUCGGUUCUAUGAUGGGAACCCCAAUUAUCAACCCACCACAAAGUGCUAUCCUCGGAAUGCACGCCAUCAAAAAUAGACCAGUAUGCGUUGGAGAUAAGAUCGAAGCCAGACCAAUCAUGUACGUGGCUUUGACCUAUGAUCACAGAAUUAUUGAUGGCAGAGAAGCUGUUCUCUUCUUAAGAAAAAUUAAAGAUUGUGUUGAAGACCCAAAGAACAUUCUCUUUGAUUUGUGA